AUGACGACCGAAGACGCCGCAACCUGCUUCAUCGCCGCCCCCCGCUGCUCCAACUCGUCCUCCACAUCCACUUGCCAACAACUCUCGCCUUCACCCUCGCCACCCAUGUCCCCGGCUCACUCGGUCAUGUCUGAGUCGUCAAUGUCCAGUGUCGACAACGACAGCAGAUCUGACUCCGAAGACGAUGGUGAUGAAGAACACCGAUCCCGUUUGCAAGUAACCUAUAUGCGCCCUGGUUGUAUCGAAGAACAUAUCAUCAAAAGCCGUACCCUUGCCGCCGCCAAAGUAGCCGCCGCUGCCGCCGCUGCUGCCGGUGCUGGGCCAACGCCUAUGGAGCAUUGA